UAAAUUAAGUUCAAAAAUUGCAAAAGAAUAAUCAUUCUUUUCAAAGUGUUUAAUCAUUUCUUGCGCAAUUGUAUUGUUAUCAUUUUCUACUCGUUUCUGAAGAAUAGUUUCUACAUCAAUUCAUCAAUUAAGGGAGAGGAAUCAAUACCAGAUCAAUGCAAGCCUAUAUUUUUAGAGAUGUAAACAAAUCUCAAAUUGACUAUUUUUACAAAUUAUGAAUUGGACAAGGAUAAUAUUUUACUUUAUAUUGCAUACUAAUCGCUAAAAAGUUCAGUGUUGUGACAUAAAUAAAUCUUAUCUUAAAUCUCACUUAUUAUCGUUUGCUAAAUGAUAGAUAAGUCAACAGUAUGGUGCUUGAACAGUAUUUACGGAUUGCUUGGUGUUUAUUUUCGUAUUGGUAGAUAGUAGUAUGCUAAUGGAAAUAAUAUUUUAUGCAAGACAUAAAAAAAUAUGUGAUUUAGGCGUUGAGAAACUGUUGUUUAAACAUUUCUAUCAUCACCAUCAUCAUUUUAUUUGAUAGUAUUUUGAUGAAGAGUUUUAAACUUAUUGAUAAUAUGCUAUUUGGUAUUGUCACAAUGACUCAACUUUUGAUCAAUAACUGCAUUAAUCCCAAAUUAUCUAUCGGAAUGCUGUGUAAACAUCCAUUUAAAAAAGUGUUUUUACUCCUAUAUGAUUCUACAACAUUAUGAGACUUCACAAAGUUAAAACUUUUAGUGAUGGUGGUUGGUUUUAAAUAUUUGCUAUGCCUGUACAAGCACCACAGUGGACGGAUUUCUUAUCCUGUCCAAUUUGUUACAAUGAGUUUGAAUGCAGUGUUCGUCGCCCAAUUAGCUUGGGCUGUGGCCAUACUAUGUGCAAAAGUUGCUUAUCAAAACUCCAAAGGAAACAGUGUCCAUUUGAUCAGACAGUUAUAUCUGCUGAUAUUAACCAAUUACCAGAGAAUUAUGCUCUUUUACAACUUGUUGGUGGUAGAAUACCUGAAAAACCACCUCUUGUUGGAUCAUUGGUGGCUAUUGAAGACUAUAAAUAUUACUUGGAGGCAAAAAAUUGCAUAGAAGAUUUAGCUCUCUAUCUAAAAUCAUCGCCUCCAAGUAUUGUAAAUGGGGUACCCCAAAGUGGUCCUUUAAGCAGACCGAUGCAAAGAAAGUUAGUUACCCUUAUUAAUUGCCAACUUGUGGAAGAAGAAGGUCGUACAAGGGCAAUGCGAGCUACGAGAUCAAUCGGAGAGCGUUCAGUAACUGAAUUAAUUCUUCAACAUCAAAACCCUCAGCAAUUAUCUGCCAAUUUAUGGGCAGCUGUUAGGGCAAGGGGCUGUCAAUUUCUAGGUCCCGCUAUGCAAGAAGAAGUACUGAAGUUAGUUUUAUUAGCUUUAGAAGACGGAUCCUCACUUUCUAGGAAAGUUUUAGUUAUGUUUGUUGUACAAAGACUUGCACCUCAUUUUCCACAAGCUUCAAAAACAAGUAUUGGGCAUGUUGUGCAGUUAUUAUACCGUGCCUCUUGUUUUAAAGUGUCAAAACGGGAAGGAGAUUCAUCGUUGAUGCAACUGAAGGAAGAGUUUCGCACUUAUGAAGCUCUUAGGAGAGAGCAUGAUGCUCAAAUAGUUCAAAUAGCUACUGAAGCUGGUUUACGCAUUGCACCUGAGCAGUGGUCUUCACUUUUAUAUGGUGAGACUGCUCGCAAAUCCCAUAUGCAGUCUAUUAUAGAUAAAUUGCAAACACCCCAAUCUUUUUCUCAAAGUGUUCAGGAAUUGAUUAUUGCUUUGCAAAGAACUGGAGACCCUGGAAAUCUGUCGGUUUUAAGGCCUUAUUUGGAAUUAUUGGCUAAUAUUGACCCUAGUCCAGAUGCUCCACCACCAAAAUGGGAGGAGUUAAAGAUGGCUCAAGAAGCUGCUAAAAUGGUCGUUAAAGGUCUCGUUGAUUUUGUACAAAAUUUUGGUAAUCGCAAGUUGCAGGAGGAUAGAUUGAACCUAAAUGCCAAAUACAAAACUAGCAUAUGCCGUUAUUUAACUCAACGCAACAAUUGCCCCCGUGGCCUUAAUUGUACUUUUGCUCAUUCACAAGAAGAAUUAGAAAAAUAUCGAGCCAAAAGUAAAAGAAAUUCUGGUGGAAGAAGUUCUGUUCCAAGUAUCAGAAGCCCUAAUCCUGACAGCCCACAUUUGCAAGAGGCAUCUACUUGCAAUCCGUCAUCAUCACUUUCUGAUGCUGCUUCAGAGUGUGGUAUCUCUAACUACGUGUUUGAUUCUUCCUUUAAUUUAGACAACUGCACAAUAGAAGAUUCUGCAGAUUCUAGUUCAAGUAUUCAGUUUUGUAACUCCGACAUGAAUGACAGCAUAAUAUCUAACUCUAAUAUGCUACAAUCUAAUCAUAUUUUAAAUCCAGACUCUCCUGCCUUUCAACCAUUAUCUUCAAAGUCACCUCAAGUUAUUUCUUUACAAUCACCAUAUCCUGCAUUACCUAGAAAUAACAUGUUGCCACCGGAGAACGUCUCUCCCUUGUCGUCACCAGCACUCAGUGUCGUUUCAAAUUCCGUCUCUGGAUUACCAGGUACCAAAUUCAAAUUAAGCAAUAAAUGUUUGCCUCCUGUUAUUAACAGUUCUAGCCUUCCUUCACAAAAUACAGCAUUUGCUUUAUCAUAUCCGAUCGGACACCCUAUGAAUUCUCAAAGUAAGGAUUUUAGACACUCUUUCCCUUAUAAGCCUUUUAUAAAGAGUCAACGGCUAGAUGAACAGUCGUUAGCCGCACUUCAGGAAAGGAAAGAACAACUCUUAGCUCAGCUUGAUAAGGCGAAUAUUGGAAAAGAAUUGUCAGUUAAACCUCAAGAAAAUGGAAUUAUUCCUUCACCAACUAUUGAAGGAUCAUAUUGUUUUGUGAAAACCAUGGAUGAUGGCAAUGUUGUGUCCUUUUAUUCUCCUUGGACGUCUACAAGCAUUUUUUCUUGUGGAUCAAAUACUGUAUGUAAUAAUAGUGACUAUACUAUAGUGGCUUCAUCACAAAGCCAGUUUGAAGGUUCCACUGUAAAAGAAAGAACCAAUGGGUUGUCUGAGCUGAACUUUACCAACUGUACGUUAUUCUGGCCUUCAGAAAAGGACGAGUUUAUUCCAUUUGACCCCCCUUUAGUGUCAAAAUACGGGCCUAUUUCUAAAUGUUCCAAAAGCUUAAUUCGGGGUCCGGCUCCGAUACAAGUUAAUGCUGUAUCGCAUAUGGGAGAACUUACCAGUCCUACCUCAGUAGUUCGUCAUCCUUUGCCAUCUGCUUCUUUAGCUCCUACUCUCAAUACUGCUUCAUCUGUUACUUAUGGUGCACCCAUAGCUUUAAUAUCAGACCAAUAUAUGCAAACUGCCGCUAUUAAUUGUAUAGACGGUACAGUAUGUCCUCUAAAUGAAAAUGAUUUAAUCUGCAUUAAAACAGCAGAUGGAGCAGCGAAGUAUUUUAGAAUCGAUGAAGAAUCCACUGAUAAAAACUUGGGAAGUUUGCCUGUUGAGGAAGUUUUGCAAUAUCAAGAACAUACUGAUAGCUUGAAGGAAGAAUUGUGGGAGAUUGAAAAAACCAUAGAAGAAAAAGAAAGAUCAUUAAACGAAGGAGCACAUUAUUUAGAACAUCCUUAUAGUAAAAGAUACGAUCUAAAGACAGGAGGAACUGUACCUACUUCCAUAGGACCCUGGCCCUCUCAAACUUUGGAAAAUAUUCCUGUUAAGAAUUCAGAAAAUCUUCCAUUAGACUUAAGAACAACAUUCAAAGACUAAAAACUGUUUUCAGUUAUUACAAAAAAAAAAAAAUUUUUUUUCCUUCAAAUUUUUAUGUUUUUGUUUUUAUGUAAGAAAUGAGUGAUUCUGGUAAGGAUUAAAAUUUAUGAGUCUUUUGUGAGGCUUUCUUUUAUCAAUGUGAAGUUUCCAAAAGGAAUUUCAGUUUUAUAUUCUUGUCUCAAUGAGACAGUUAUUUCAUAUUAUCUUGUAGAAAAUAUUGAAUACAGUAUUUGAUGCUCUCUGAUAAAAUUGCUUAAUUGCCAUGUGUCGUUUGAUUUUUGAUUAAUGAUCAUGGUAUAGGAAAGUCUCAAUGAGACUGCGAUUUGAGCUGCUGGUGGUUCAAAUUAUCAAUGUUGGGCAUUCGGAAAUUUAUAUGUGAGCCCAUACAGCGUGUCCUGUAAUCACCACCUUCAAUAUGUAUUUUUAGAAUCCUUAUUAAAAAUGAAACCUAUAUAUAUAUGUCCAGGAUCUUUAUGUGGAAGACCAUAGUAAAAUGGUUUUUACGCAAGAAAUUUAGUCGAAAAUCGAAUUGUGUUAUGCAACAGUAAUGAGACUGUCAUAUUAUAAAGGUAUAGCAGUGCAAAUUGACCAAAACAAAUUUAACAAUACAGGUGAUGGAAAUAAUCUAGUGUUUGCAAUGGAUGUUCAAAAUUCAUGAGCCGAUAAUUGUAAUGCAUAACAUAACACGAUUCAUCACUGCUAAAUUGAUGCAUAAGCCUGCAAUACUCCCAUGAAAGCCCGCUUUCUAUUAUGCAAUAUAACUAAGAAUACUACCUGCCAGCAAUGACAAGUCAUAUUUUCAAUUGUAAUUUCUUAUGCAAAACUUACUUUUUAAAGUCUCAAAGAUUAGCAUGUGAAGUUUGCCAAUGUCUUUUGGCUAUAACCUUCACAUUGCAGCUGAAUUUACGGAGUUAAUCCACAGCCCCAACUUUACAAAUUUGAAUUUGUCUACAAUCCCAAUGCAGUCAAGAUAGAAAAUGGAAAUCCCUAUAAUAAUAAGGACCUAUAAUCUUUUCAGAAAUAAGUGGAAACAAAAUUCCUUUUUCUUACUUAAUAAAAUUUUUAUUCUUCAUUAACUUAAGAAAAUUAAGUAAAAUUUUUAAAGAAGAUUUUUUUUAAAGCUUUAUGUCCACUGAUUAUUUUUUAGAUUUUGAUUUCAAGGUUUCUAAAUAAAUAAAUAAAAAAUUUGAGAUUUUCAUCUCUGAGAGGAAGCAUAAUUUACAGAUGCUGUUUUAUCUGCAGCAUCCGCUGCUAUGCUACCUGGUUUUACUGCCAAGAUCCUGUACAUUAGGGUUUGACAUUCGAUGACCUCAUAAAUAUAUGUACAUUUUUAUUUUGUUUUUUAUAAGGUUUCCAAAAGCACGUAUGUAGGGUGGGGAUUACGUAACAUCCUGUAUAUCCCUGAAUCUUAUAGCACCAGUAUGUUUUUGAAUUCUGUAGAAAUGUUGAUAUCUUUAAAAUUUAGAUUAGAUGUUAAAUAUCAUGAUUUUAAAAUAAUAUUUUUAUUGUUUUAAUUCAAUCAUUUAAAUUUAAUCUCCUCUUUAUAAUACAUAAUUUGAUGUAUACCUACUUUUCAAUUAGAAAUGUGCAAAGGCAAUAUCUAUGAUUUUUAUAUGUAAAAUUUUAAUUUAAAAUAUGAUUGUAAUAUAUCUGCUUGAUUUAACGUAUAGUCCUUAUUAAGUUGUUAAUAAAGUAUUUUCACAUUGUUUGA